AUGUGGGAGGAAAACUUCGACACAGAAAACCACGGGGUGGGCAGAAAGAGGGAUUACUCCCCUGUGUCUUGGAGCGAGUACUUUGAGAUGAUGGAUGAUGUGGUGGUUGGAUCUGCAGAGAACAAAGAUGUGUUUCGUGUGUAUAAGAGUGGGGUAGACGGACCACUGCUGGUGCUGCUGCACGGAGGAGGACAUUCUGCAUUAUCCUGGGCUGUCUUUACUGCGGCCAUGACAAGCAGGGUGACCUGUCGGGUCUUGGCCAUGGAUUUACGGGGUCAUGGUGCCACGCAAGUUAAACAUUCCGAUGACCUUUCAACCCAAACUAUGUCCAGAGAUGUGGCCAAUGUGGUUCGAGCAACAUAUGGAGAAAUCCCACCCCCCAUCGUCCUGGUUGGACACAGUAUGGGCGGAGCCAUUGCAGUUCAUGCCGCCAGUGGUACUCUGCUGCCCUCUGUGGUGGGACUGGUUGUCAUUGACGUUGUGGAAGGAAGUGCUAUGGAUGUGCUUCACAGCAUGCAGAACUUCCUGAGGGGCCGGCCCAAAUCCUUCAAAUCCAUCGACCACGCCAUAGAAUGGAGUGUUAAAAGUGGACAAAUCAGAAAUUUAGAGUCUGCCAAAGUAUCCAUGGUGGGUCAGGUCAGGAGGUGCGAAGGAGAGGACGGGGACACUGCAGAGCAGGUCAGCCCUGUUACCGAGGGGGUUGCCGAGGGCCACGAGGAGUUCUACGACCUGAAUUAUGUCACUGAUAAAGCUGAGAGCACGUCCUCAGAGCCCUCAAGUGUGUACAGUUGGAGAAUUGACCUGUCUAAAGCUGAAAAGUACUGGGACGGCUGGUUUCGUGGAAUCUCAAACCUUUUCUUGAGCUGCAAUGUCCCUAAACUACUACUGUUGGCAGGUAUAGAUCGCCUGGACAGAGAUCUAACUAUUGGCCAGAUGCAAGGAAAAUUCAUGAUGCAGGUGCUGCCCCCCUGUGGUCAUGCAGUGCAUGAAGACACACCAGAUAAAGUGGCAGACGCACUCGCAAGCUUCAUGAUCAGACACAAGUUUGCAGAGGCCAGGAGUGAAACCAAAAGUUCUUCAUACCCUUUUAUGCGGUGA